UCUUAAACUCAGUGAGACACCCACUUUCUAUCCUCGUCGAAGACAACGAUCACAACAGAGAAUUCGAAAAGAAAAACGGAAAACGAAAAAGAAAAACGAAAGAAAAAAGUGACUUACUUGACACAUCUUCGGUAUGAAAAUGGUUAUCAAAAAUUUAUUGAGUAUGUUAUACGAUUUUUUAAUAGUCAUGGGAAUGGCCAUAGUGUAUAUAACGGAAUCGAUAGUUUUAACAUUAAUUCCAAGACGUUAUCGUGGAAAAAACAUAAAAGGAGAAGUGGCACUUGUUACUGGAGGAGCAGGUGGCAUUGGGAAAUUAAUUGCUACUGAAUUAGCCAAUCUUGGAUGCAAUGUAGUAAUCUGGGAUAUCAACAAAAUUGGUAUUGAAGAAACUGUGAUUGAAAUAAGACAAAACGGAGGAAAGUGUUGGGGAUAUUAUUGCGACAUUUCUGAUAGAGAGGCAAUUUACAGAACUGCGAAAUUAGUUCAAGUCGACGUUGGCAAUGUGACAAUAUUAAUUAAUAAUGCCGGAUAUAUUUACGGGGAUACUUUAUUACAAAUACCAGAUGACGAAAUUGAAAAAACGUUUAAAGUUAAUAUUUUAUCACAUUAUUGGACCACAAAAGCAUUUCUGAAGGACAUGAUGAAAGAUAAUCAUGGCCACAUUGUAACGAUUGCGAGUGUCGCAGGAUUAAUGGGAACUUAUAAUUGUACCGAUUAUUCGGCGACUAAAUUUGCAACUAUUGGCUUUCACGAAAGUCUCUUUACUGAAUUGAAGUCUCACGGUUACAAUGGAAUACAAGCUACCUUGGUGUGUCCAUAUUUUAUAAACACAGGAAUGUUUCCCGGAGUAAAACCAAAACUAAUGAAGAGUUUAGAACCAGAGUACGUUGCCAAUGAAGUUGUAUCUGGAAUUUUAACUAAUCGAAUGUUAAUCAUUCUCCCGGGUAUCAUCAAAUUCUUCUUUCCCCUAAAAAGUAUUUUGCCAGCAAAAAUGUGCUGGGCAAUGAUGUAUAAUAUCGCAAAAGGUCCACAAACAAUGAUGAUGUUAAAAAGGAAACAUUCUCAAUUAUAAACAAGGACUAAUAGUAUUUUUAAAUCAAACAAACAAGAAUGAUCGUGAUAUUCUUCUAAGCAUUGAUACAUUAUUUUUGAAUAAUAUUUUCAUCGAAUUCACAACACUUCAUAAUUUGAAGACUGAGAAAAAUAAUUUUUAGACUUAAAGAUCAUAGAAAAUAGAAAAAAAACGAAUUUU